CCGCUGACAACCACACAAGUCACCGUGUUGCCAUUUAAUAGUAGAAUUAAAUCUUCUUCAGUGUAUAUGUUUUGUGUUUCCUAACCUCAAUAAUCUGUCCCUCAACGGUCAACGCAGCGGCUUAACCCGAACUUCCCUGUUUGCAUUUACGAUUUCCUUGUAUGCUUUUAGCACUUUUAGUUUAGUGUACACUGGAGAUGUUAUAAACUAUGUAUGAAACUUAAUAGGCAGACUUAUAUAAUAGUAUUACCACGGUGAACGUUCAGUAUGCCUUCAUUCUUCGUAAUAGUAAUUAACCUGUCCAAUUUCUUCACUGACCAUAGGCGGCUAGCUAGAUUAUGUGUAAAUGAAGCUAUCCAAACAAUCGGAGAUUUUCAAAAUAGAAUUAGCGAUAUAUUCAGCAUCCACGACUUCCACUUACUGUGUAAUAAUCACUUCUUACCUCCGACUGAAGAUGUACAUAUCGUCAAAGCAAAUGAGCUCAUUUGGGUCAUGCCUAAUCCGGGUAACACUACAGCACAACAAUCUAUAAUCGAUAUGCCUAUCACACCAUUACACCACUCAAGUGUAUCUUACAGAAAAAAAAAAUAUAGUGAGAAUGAAAAAAGAAAAUUAGUUGAUAGAGACGAAGUGAAUGCUGACCACAGUACUGAAGAUACCUCAGAAAAGACAAAAGGUACGCUUAUUGCAAAUGGUGUUACCAACAAUAUCAAUAAAAGUGUGGAUCAUGAGGCUGAAUGGAAAACUAUUGGAAAUGAAGAUAACAAUAUUGAAGAUGAAUUCCCUAGAAGUAAGAAGAAGAAAAGGAAAAAUAUGCUUAUGCAGAGUGGUGAAAGCCCUUUUCAUCCUGAAUUAAAUGAAGAGAAAAAUAAGGUUAUUGUAAAUGAGAAUGACAACAAUAUUCAAGAGUUUGUAGGUCCUGAAAUAAAAAAUAAAGAUACUCUGAAUGAACCUGACAAGGAUAUUGAACAGAGAGUCCCCAAAAGAAAUAAGAGUAAGAAAAAGAAAAAUAGUCCCAUGAAUUACAUGGAUUUAGAGGAGACAGUCCCCAAAAGAAAGAAGAAGAAAGAGGAAAGUAUGUUCAUGAAGUACAUGGAUAUCAGUACAUUUGUAAAUUUAGAGAAAAAUAAUUGUAUAGUUACUGACAAAGAAGAAAAUGAACGUACGUCAGCUUUAUCAAAUAUAGGAAGCAAUCGAAAGGUUUGUGAAGGAGAUCUAGCAUCAUAUACAAAGAAACAACCAGUACCUAUGACAACAGACGAAUAUUUAAAAGAGAAAAAAAUUAAUAUAGUAAGAAUCGAUUAUAUUACAUCAAAAGAUAUACCUGACAAAAGUCAGUGUCUGAGUUCAAAAUCCAAUACAGAUAUUCCAAUCAGUACACCAAAGGUAUCAUUGACAACAAAUACAUUACCCAUUAAAUUUGCAUCUGAGCUCACAUGCAUCAAAGAGAGUAAUUCAGUGGAUUUUCAAAAAGAAAUUUGUACUAACUCUACAGACAUUAUUGUAAAUUCUCAGGAUAAACAGAUGGCAUGUGAACCACCAGAUAAAUGUCCUGAUAGAAGAAUUGAAAACAAACAAAAUGGAGAUUCCAAAGAUUCUAAACAAGAAAGUGUAAUGGUAUCAGAGGGAACUGAAUUUAAUAAUGCAUACAAUAAUAUUGAGCAAAAUCCAAUAAUAGAUAUAAAAACUCCACAGAAGAAAGAGUACUCUUACAAAGAAGUAUCUCCUUUGAGUGAGUCUAUGCUGUCUUUUCUUGCCCGUUAUGACAGUAACAUGGAAUCAACUCAGUCUAUUAAAGUAGAUGAUGUACAUGAAAAAAGUCCAUUUGUGUCAGGUUGUCACUGGAUCCAAUCUGAAAAUCGAACCGUAAAACAUAAGGAAUUAUGUGGUGUGGGUCGUUUUCUGGAAAAUUUGAAACAAACUCCGAAAGUUGAACCGCAGAUUGUACGACAGACUGAAGCACAGGUAACAGAAGAAAUAUUUGAUGUAGAAUCUUUUGUUACAUUACGGAAAAGAAAAAGGAGUCGUCGCAGGCCAAAGAAAAAUAGAUUUGAGAAUGAUGACAGUGUGACCUUACCUCCAAAGACUAUUCCAAUGCCCAAGCUCAUGAUUUCCCAAGGCAGUCCAAAUAUUCAUAUAAAGUUUUGUGACGACGAAAAUGAAGAUUCUAACAAGGAUAAGCCAGAAAAUCAAGAGAAUAGCAAUGCCAAACACUAUAGGGAAUCACAAUCUGAAGUGAUGCAGAAAGCUAUUUCCCUGAAUGAUAUGGUACCAAAAGAUAAACAGAUGGCUUGCGAACCGCCAGAUAAAUGCCCUGAUAGAAGAAUUGAAAACAAACAAAAUAUUGAUCCUAAAGAUUCUGAAGAAGAAAGUGGAAUGGUAUCAGGGGGAACUAAAUUUAAAAAUGCAUCCAAUAAUAUUGAACAAAAUUCAGUAGCAGAUAUAAAAAAUCCAGAGGAGAAAGAAAACUCUUUUGAAGAAGUAUCUCCUUUGAUAGAUGAUGUAUAUGGAAAAAGUCCAUUUGCGUCAGGCUGUCACUGGAUCCAAUCUGAAAAUCAAACUGCAAAACCUAAGGAAUUAUCUGGUGUAGGUAAUUUUCUGGAAAUUUUGAAACAAACUCCGAAAGUUGAACCACAGAUUGUACGACAGACUGAACCGCACGUAAUAGAUGUGUUUGAUGUAGAAUCAUUUGUAGCAUUAAGACAAAGAAAAAUGAGAAGUCGCAGGCCAAAGAAAAAUAGAUUCGAGAGUGACGACUGUGUGAUCCCAAAGACUAUUCCAGUGCCAAAGCCAGUGAUUACCCAAGGCAGUUCAAGUAUUCAUGUAAAGGUUUGUGUCGACGAAAAUGAAGUUUCUAAUAACGAUAGGCUAGAAAAUCACAAGAAUAGCAAUGGCAAAGGUUACCUGGAAUCACAAUCUCAAGUGACACCGAAAGCUAUUCCCGUGAACGAUAUGGCUCCAAAAGUAGGAAAUGUUAUUGCAUUCAAGGUACUUAAAAUGUCAGAAAACUACACUCCUGAGGUAUCGGCGCAAAUAACUGGGAAAGUAGUGGACUACAAUCCUUCAGAUGGAUCUGUAAAGUUUGAUAUUAUUGCUGGUUUGGAUGAACUCAAGGAACCAAAUGGAAAGUUAUUUAUAGCAGAGAACGAUGAUGUCAAACAAAACCAAAACAAAGAGUUUAAAUGGAAUGCAUUGAUAGAGCCAAGACUUUUUAAUUAGAAUUUGUUUUUAUAAUAGUCUGUACUAUUUUUCUGAUAAUAAACUUUUAAUCUUUA